AUGAAACUGAAGCAGGACUCCUUUCUGUGGUACCUCUAUCUGGACAAAAUAUACUGCCUGCUCUCUGUGAGGAAUGUGCGGGCCCUGAUGGCAUACUUUAACCUCUUGGAUGUACAUCACAAACACACCUUGAAUGAUGUGCUGUUCUUUCACUUCAUGCAUCACGUGACGAACCUGACCAAGUCCCAGAUCAUGAUUACAUUUGACAUGCUGGACUGGAAUGCGAUAGGCGAGAUUGGUUUUGACCAGUUCUACAUUUUGGUUUGCAUUCUGCUGUCACAUGAGAGCCAUCUGGAAGAACAAUUUAUCUAUCGCCAUUCCCGGCCUAUCUUUGAGCUGCUCGACCUGGAUGGGGACCUGAGAAUUGGCCUAGACAACUUCCAGAUGUACAGAUUUCUCUUCAAUAUUAAAAGACAGGAACUCACAGAGCUCUAUCACGACUUUGAUUUCACUGGGGACCAUCGCCUUAAUUACAAAGAGUUUAAGCUGUUUACUAUCUUCUCCGUUGACAAAUACCAAGGGAAGCAGAAAGCCAAGAAAGAGAAAGCGGGGGAGAAACUGCUCAAAAUCAACACCACUACAAAGUGA